CGUCGCCCGGCUCUUUGACGCACUCGCGGACGGACGUGUUUUCCGCUCUGCUUGGCUUCCGCUGUUCCGUGAAGGGCUCUUCAAAGCGGUCGUCUGAACUUGUGUUUGUGAAACCGUGAAAGCUGGAAAACUACAUCCAGGAGAACAUAAAGACGGAGAUGGUGCAGAUCCAGACCCAUGCUGUGCACAACCAGACGGCCACCAUGCUGGAGAUAGGAACCAACCUGCUGACUCAGACCGCCGAACAGACGCGGAAGCUUAAUGUGGUGGAGGCACAGGUCAUGAACCAGACCUCGAGAAUUGAGAUCCAGCUUUUGGAGAACUCACUAUCCACAAACAAACUGGAGAAGGAACUGCUGCUGCAGGUCACGGAAAUUUCCAAACUACAAGACAAAAACAGCCGGCUGGAGAGGAAGGUCCAGGUGCUGGAGUCUCGACAGCAGACGGAGCUGGAGGACCUGCGGGAGGAGAAGGAGAGGCUGCAGGAGGUGGUGGGGCAGCAGUCGGCCUCCAUCGAGUCCCUGCAGAGGCAGCUGCUCACGGCCAGCGCCAACAACUCCGUCCUGCAGCGCCAGCAGCAGCAGCUCACCGAGUCUGUGCACACGCUGCUCAACCUGCUGUCUGUGAGCCCAGGAACAGUGCUGUUGCCGAGGGAACAGAAGUUCCGGGACUGUGCGGAUGCUUUUAAAGCAGGAAAUAACAUCAGCGGUGUCUACAACCUAUACAUCGGAAACAUGACAGAGCCAACAAAGGCAUUUUGUGACAUGCAAACGAGCGGGGGCGGAUGGACUGUGUUUCAGCGCAGAGUCAAUGGGAGUGUGGAUUUCUUGAGGACCUGGAAAGAGUACAAACAGGGCUUCGGAGAUGUCGGGGGAGAACACUGGCUGGGCAAUGAGGCGGUGUUCCAGAUGACCAGCCAAUCCCAGUACAGCCUGCGGGUGGAGCUAAGGGACUGGGAGGGGAAUGCCCCGUACUCCCAGUACGACAAAUUUCAGCUGGGCAGCGAGAAACAGCACUACAGGCUCUUGCUGAGGGGCUACAGUGGAACCGCAGGGCACCAGAGCAGCCUGACCUCCCACGGAACCGGCUUCAGCACCCGCGACUCAGACAACGACAACUGCCUGUGCAAGUGUGCCCUAAUGCUGACCGGAGGCUGGUGGUUUGACGCGUGUGGCCUUUCGAAUCUCAAUGGCAUGUACUACACAGUGGGCCACAACAUCCGCAAGCUAAACGGAAUCAAGUGGCACCACUUCCGAGGUCCAAGCUACUCCCUGCGCUCCACUGCCAUGAUGAUCCGUCCGUCCGACUUCUGACCCCCGCAAGCCCUGAAAGAUGGCUUCACACCUGUAGUAUUGAGAGCCAGGCCCUGAGGAACAAACUCACACCUGUAAUAUAGAGGAACAAACUCACACCUGUAAUAUAGAGGAACAAACUCACACCUGUAAUAUUGAGAGCCAGGCCCUGAGGAACAGACUCACAGCUGUAAUAUUGAGAGCCAGGCCCUGAGGAACAAACUCACAGCUGUAAAACCCUUGGCUCUUUCCCAUCACUUAUUUUUACCUCCUCCUUUCCCUUGCUUGCCUCCUUCCCUCACUCGUAGCUCCACAUAUUAGAGGAGGCAAGGGAAGGAAGUGAGGAAAGGAAGCAAGAACGGAGGAAUCGAAAGAACAUGAAUUACGCUAAUGGAAUGUCCUUGCUCCGUCAAACGUCAGUUCGAAGCGACAUCAAUCACAUAAGUGGCAGAUGGUGAGAGGUGGAACCACAGAUCUAUCAUUUAUAUUAUAUCAUUUAUAUCUGAAAAAACACUCGCACAAAGGACGCGCGCCUGUUUCCUUGCUCCAGAAUUCUUCAGGGGCCUCCUAGCUCCUGGCUCCUAGCUCCUCAAGGAACAUUUCAUGGGUUGGAAUGUCCUUAAAGGUGGCGGACCUCGAUCAAUUUCCACAUCAAGUCAAGGAAGUAAGAGACAAGGAAGAAUAAAAUAAGCGAUUGGAAUGAACCUUCUAACAGCCACGUCCUGGGGAACUAACUCACACCUGUAACAUACUGCAAGCCAUGCCCUGAGGGGCAUGUUUAAAAUGGUUGUUCCGUCAGUGGACAUUUGGAUCUAACGUACUGUAAUUAAAGCAGAGAUUGACAGAUGAGGCUCUGUCUUGUUGGGGCAGCUCCACAAAUUCUUUGCUUUGGCUGCUGUUCUUUUUCAGUACUUUUUUCAAUGCAUUCUGGUAUACACAGCCAUGUAUACAGCGCUGAAGAGAACAAAGACAUAGCAUUUUCCUCUGCUGUCAUUCACAACUUCAAAAGCUCCUAAUCACAAGAGGACUUCUGUGCGACCAAUGGGGAAAGGGCUUCACAAUUCCAAUGCAAUUUGUACAGAACUUUAAUUAUUUUCGUAAUAAUUUUGUAACCUUUUUUAUUACUAUUUAGUUUAUUUUGAGUUUAUUUUUCCCCAAAGUGAACUCUUGUGAUGUCCUUCAACCUUUAUAACUUUCACCCAGAUUAAUGCAUGUGUUUUUUUUACUAACAGCGCUUGGUGCUACCUUUUUUGAAGAUUUAUAUCACAUGUCACAUCCUGUUAUUGAUAUUACAGUUAUGUCUUAUAGUUCUUAUUCCAGCUUACCUAAACUAUAACCUAUAGUGCCUUAUGAGCACCUUAUGACAUUCAGAAUAUUGUACAAUUCAUUAGAUAUAAGUAAAUAAAAUAAAUAAGAUUACAUGUAAGACCUUCUGUAUAAAGGAACUUUAUUCUGAAGCAGUUUUUUUUUUCUGUGGCAUAUAUCAAACCUGAAAUCUUCACAUGGGGUACUGUGCAACAGUCUUAGGUAUUAAAUUGGCUGGUAGGUUAUUUCAAACAUAUCGGAGAACUUGCCACAGUUCAUCUGCAGAUUUUAACUUUGUCACUUCCUUUUUUUAUCCAAAAAGUGGUCUAUUGCUUAAUAUAUUGGUUUACUUUCUUUAAUGGAAAUUAUCUGUAACAUUACAUUUUUGGGGGGAAAUGAAUGCUUGGAAAACUCUUUUGUUCUUUUAUAAUGACACACUAAUGCAGAAAUAAUAAACAUAUAAGACCAAAUUUAUAUUUAAAAGAAUCUAGGCUGCCUAAGUCUUUUGCAGAGUACUGUAGGUCUCUUGUGUUGGCUGGUUUUUACAGUACAUACUUAGCCAUGCAUUUGGUUGUAUAUUUUGACUGUGUUUCUGGCACAAUGCAUCCUAUAUCAUUG